GCCGGCCGGAGUGGCGUCACAUCCGCUUCCGGCGGCGGCGGCGGCGGCGCCGCGGGGAUGUGGGCGGCGCGGCGGCUGCUGGCGCUGGGGCUGGUGCUGGGCGCGGCGGUGGCGGCGCGCGGCGACCCCGCGCCCGUCACCUGCGGCUCCGUGGUGAAGCUGCUCAACGUGCGCCACAACGUCCGCCUCCACUCGCACGACGUGCGCUACGGAUCCGGCAGCGGGCAGCAGUCGGUGACCGGCGUGUCGGCGGUGGACGACAGCAACAGCUACUGGCGGGUGCGGGGCCGCACGGCGGCGGCGUGUGAGCGCGGCGCGCCGGUGCGCUGCGGCCAGGCCAUCCGCCUCACGCACCUCGGCACCGGCCGCAACCUCCACAGCCACCGCUUCACCUCCCCGCUCUCCGGCAACCAGGAGGUGAGCGCCUUCGGGGAGGCCGGCGAGGGCGACGACCUGGACGACUGGACGGUGGUGUGCGGCGGGAGCUACUGGGCGCGGGACGGCGAGGUGCGCUUCAGGCACGCCUCCACCGACGUCUUCCUCGCGGUGACGGGCGAGCAGUACGGGCGGCCCAUCCACGGGCAGAAGGAGGUGCACGGCGCCGCCUCCCCCAGCCCCAGUGACGCCUGGCGGGUCAUGGAGGGCGUCUUCGUGCAACCCGGCGAGCUGCUGAAGGCGCAGCGGUACCACGCCGAGCUGUGACGGACCAGGGCACAGCCCCGCGCUGCGGCGUCAGGGCCGCCGAGGGACCGCCGACCCCCAAGACGUCCCCGGGGACGGGCGCCAGGCCCCGCCGGGCCGAGCACAGGCCCAGGAGCAGCGCGCGGAGCCUUUCAGCUAUUCCAUCUGCAUAACGUGCGGCUGCUCGUGUCACCGCGGGGCACGGCGGUGGCUGGCCUCCAGGCGGAGGCGAACGAGAACGCGAGAGGAGGGGAGCUGCCGAAGGCCGUGCGUCCCGCAGCUCGGCGCGAGCCCACUGUCGCCGCGCGCCCUCUCUGUACCUCCCCGCUCCCGGUGUCGGGGGCCCCGGGCGGGUUCGGGACCAUAAAGGAAUUGAACUCUG